UAUAGCAUUUUAUGUUGGUCUCUGUUGACUUGCUGCUGCUUGUCGACACAUAUUUUAAUAGAUGUUUUUAAACGAUCCUCUAUGAGAAAUCUCGGAUAAACAAGGUAAUAAAAGUGCAUAACAUUAGAAAUGAAAAUGGAGUGGACACCUCAAGAAGAUGGUUUAAGAGAAAUUUUAACGUUGUUGCGGGAGUCUCAGUCACCGGAUACUGCGACUCAAAGAGCAGUCCAACAAAAACUGGAAGAACUAAACAAAUUUCCGGAUUUUAACAACUAUCUCAUGUUUGUGUUAACUAAGCUGACAACAGAAGAUGAACCCACCAGAUCUUUAAGCGGUCUGAUCUUAAAAAACAAUGUCAGAUCUCACUACCUGAACUUAUUACCAGACGUAACAAAUUUCAUCAAGACUGAAUGUUUGCAAGCUGUAGGAGAUCCAUCCCCGUUGAUCCGCGCAACAAUAGGCAUUUUAAUCACAACCAUUGCUAGUCGAGGGGACUUAUCCACAUGGCCGGAGCUGUUACCAGCAUUGUGCAAUAUGUUAGAUUCUAGAGAUUAUAACAUUUGUGAGGGGGCAUUUGGAGCACUGCAAAAAAUCUGCGAAGACUCAGCUGAAGCCUUGGAUGGGGACACAAAAAACAGGCCUUUAAAUAUACUUAUACCGAAGUUUCUACAAUUUUUCAACCACUCCAGUUCAAAAAUUAGAUCCUAUGCCAUAGGUUGUGUCAAUCAAUUCAUUGUGCAACGAUCGCAAGCCUUAAUGGUGCACAUAGACUCGUUUUUACAAAAUUUAUUCCUAGUAGCCACCGAUGAGGAUGCAGAAGUGAGAAAGAACGUGUGUAGGGCUUUAGUUAUGUUGUUAGAAGUCCGCAUGGAUCGGUUGUUGCCUCAAAUAGACAAUAUAAUAGAAUAUAUGCUGGUUAGAACGCAGGAUCCCGACGAGGGAGUGGCAUUAGAAGCCUGCGAAUUUUGGUUGUCCCUUGCUGAACAGCCAAUUUGCAGGGACGUGCUUGGACCUUCGCUAAACCGGUUAGUUCCAGUGCUUGUAAGGGGGAUGAAGUACUCUGAACUUGACAUCAUACUUCUUAAGGGCGAUGUGGAGGAAGACGACAAUGUGCCGGACAAAGAGGAGGACAUCAGGCCGCGCUUCCACAAGUCGAAAACGCAUACGGUCAAGAACGCGCUGAACGAGAACGGCGACAAAGAGGACGACGACGACGAUUGCGACGACGGGGACGACGACGGCUCGUUGUCCGAUUGGAACCUGAGGAAGUGCAGCGCGGCCGCCCUCGACGUGCUCGCCAACGUUUUCCGGGACGACCUGCUGCCCAUACUCAUCCCCAUUUUGAAGGAGACCUUGUUCCACACGGAAUGGGACAUUAAAGAGUCCGGGAUAUUGGCCUUGGGUGCCAUCGCAGAAGGUUGUAUGACGGGUAUGAUUAGCCAUCUGCCGGAACUGAUACCGUACCUGAUAAACUGCCUGAACGACAAGAAAGCUUUGGUGAGGGCCAUCACUUGUUGGACGUUGAGCAGGUACUCGCACUGGGUGGUGUCCCAGCCGCACGAGUCGUACCUGAAGCCGCUGAUGACUGAGCUUCUGAAGAGAAUACUGGACGGUAACAAAAGGGUGCAGGAGGCCGCGUGUUCAGCGUUCGCCACUUUGGAAGAGGAAGCUUGUACGGAGUUGGUCCCUUACUUAGGAUUCAUAUUGGAGACGUUGGUUUUCGCCUUCUCCAAAUACCAGCACAAGAACUUGCUUAUAUUGUACGACGCUAUUGGUACCCUAGCUGAUUCAGUGGGCCACCACCUAAACAAGCCCGACUUCAUAAAUCUCCUGAUGCCACCCCUGAUACAAAAAUGGAACAUCCUUAAGGACGAGGACAAGGAUUUGUUCCCCUUGUUGGAGUGUUUGUCCAGCGUUGCGACAGCUCUGCAGUCAGGUUUCCUGCCUUAUUGCGAGCCGGUGUAUUGCCGUUGCGUAUCUUUAGUCCAGCACACGCUUUGCAUGCACAUGGCAAACCUCCAGAACCCAGACCAGUACGAGGCCCCGGACAAAGACUUCAUGAUCGUGGCGCUCGAUCUGUUGUCCGGUUUGGCUGAAGGCUUGAACGGACAUAUAGAAAAGCUGGUGGAGACGAGUAAUAUCAUGCAACUGUUACACCUCUGUAUGCAGGAUAUUAUGCCUGAAGUACGGCAGUCGUCGUUCGCCCUGUUGGGCGACCUGACGAAAGCUUGUUUCCAACACGUGUCGCCCCACAUCGGCGACUUUUUGCCCAUACUGGGACAAAAUCUUAACCCGGAUUAUAUUUCGGUGUGUAACAACGCUACGUGGGCAAUCGGAGAGAUUAGCAUAAAAUUGGGUUCGGACACUGCUCCAUACAUACCAUUAGUAUUAAACCAAUUAAUUGAGAUCAUUAAUAAACCAAAUACCCCUAAAACACUUUUAGAGAACACAGCCAUAACAAUUGGUCGCCUAGGUUAUGUCUGCCCUCAUGAUGUCGCACCCAUGUUACAUCAGUUUGUACGACAGUGGUGCAUAUCGUUGAGGAACAUCCGCGACAACGACGAAAAGGACAGUGCUUUCAGAGGAAUGUGCCAAAUGAUUCAAGUGAAUCCAGCCGGUGUUGUGCCCGACUUCAUCUUUUUCUGUGAUGCCGUUGCUUCCUGGAUCAAUCCCAAGAGCGAUUUGAAAGAUGUUUUUAUUAAGAUUUUACACAGCUUCAAGACGCAAGUAGGCGAGGAAAACUGGAGGAGAUUUAGCGACCAAUUUCCUCCGCAGCUGAGCGAAAGGUUAACACAGCUUUACGGAAUAUGAAUCCUUUCAAAAGGAUGUGGGGUUUUUAAUGACAAAGUAGUACCGGGGUGGGAUACCUGGCUAUCUAUGAAGAGAAUUAAUUCAAGCAUCAGAUCAUCAAUGCGAUUUGAGGGUGGGAUCUUUAGCAAACAACAUGGAGGCCAACUUCCUAUAAAUAUUAAAAAAAAAUAUCAUUGUUGUGUUACUAUUUUUGUUACAGUUUUUAUAUAUAUAUAUCCGUACACAUAUAUCAUAUUUUAUUAAGGUUCUGUAAACAGAAGCGUUUUAUUUUUACAAGCGAAGUACAAAAACGUCAUUCUUAUACAUAUUUUGAUUAUUAUUUAUUAACUGUAAUUAUUAUUAAUAUUAAUUGUAACUGAUUGUAAAGAGAGAUUUAUUUACAAUUUAAAAAUACAUAUAUUAAUUAAUUUUAAACCUAAAUGGUGUUUGCACAAUUGUGAUAAGACUGGUCGAAAUGAAAAAAGCUGGAGUUUUUAGUUAUCAGCAUAUUAUUUCUAUAUUCGUAUUAUGGAACAGUGAAUUUGUGUGAUAUAUGUUUACGAGUGUUGCGUUUGGUGAUGGCAAAUUGAAUCGAUUAAGUCAGCACCUUUGGUGCAUAAUUUGCCAUUUCCAUUGCACAUAUAUAUUUUAACUGAAAGUAAUUUCUUUAUUGUUAUUAUUGUUUGAAGCUCAAUUGAAAGGUUUUUAUUAUACCUGUUUAUAUUAUAAAUCUACAUUUGACACAGGAUUUACAAUGUGGUAUGGGUCCUAUAAACCUAAAUGUUUGCCAUAAUAGAAAGUGAGAAAUUAAUCACGUAAUUUAUUUUUAUUUAAUUGUCACAAAAUUAUUGAAAAUCAUUCUUUAACAUAUACAAAUAUGACUUUAUUUUAUGUAUUACUGGCAGAUAGACUUAUGAUAAUAUUUGAAGGUAUUUUUUGAUUCCUCCUUUGUAAUUAUUUACAAAUAUAUGUAAUAUUUUU